AAAGACCCCCAGUAUACAAAAAAAAAUAAAAAAGUUUCCGUAGAAAACAAAAUUAAUUAAAUUCAGUGAAUUUCUCAAUUAAGUGCUAAUCAAAAUACUGUGAAAAGAUGCAUAGAUUUCCGGGCUAGCAAGAUAUCUAAAGGACAUUUCAAUAUCAGUAGAUAAAAGUGCUACAAAAGUGUUAAAAUUGUAAUCAAAAUCAAAAAUUUACUUUUCGCGACGUAAAGCAAUUGAAAAAAUGUCUGCUGAGCCAAAACGUGUUUCAUUUAUGACAAUUGAUACGUCUAGUGAAUAUCUAAAGAAGCCUGAGAAGGACACAACAGCCGGCAAUACAAAGAGCAAGAGUUUUCGGCUUGAUUUAGAGAUUUUUGAGCCUGAUGAAUACAAAUUUCCCGAAUUUAAUUACAAAAAACUUAUUUACAUAGAAAAGAAAAAAGUCAAAAAAUUGGCAAAAUUACCCAACGGUACACACAAUGACGAUCCUUUGGCAGCUGAUGACGAUGAUGUUGCACGUAUUGCGAGAGAAAUGGAGGCAAAAUAUGGUACAGGCAGUACAUACAGCAAAGCGAGUCGGAUGGAAUUUGAUCGUGGAAUCGGAUAUGACGACAAUGAUUCAUUCAUAGAUAACACAGAAGCUUAUGACGAGCAAAUACCUGAAGACAUUGAGACAGUUCGUGGUGGAUUUUAUAUUAAUAGUGGACUCUUAGAAUAUAAAAAGUUGCCGAAUUUUGAACGUCCUGGUGAUGAAAUUAGAAUGCCAAAAGCAAAGAAACGAAUACUGUCUACAUCCAGUGAAUCAAGUGGAUCAGAUCGUGAAAAUGGUCAGCCACAAAAUAAAUCUGUUGUGCCUGAAAAGCCUAAAAAGAAAAAGGUCCAUCCAGAGAAGAAAAUAAAGUCAGCAACAUCGUCGUCUGAUGAGCAAGGCAAGGCAGCAAAGAAAUUAAAGAAGGAGAAACAAGAAAAACAGGAAAAGCAGGAGAAACUUGAAAAACCAAAGGACAUUGUUCAACCGCCACCUCCACCAGUUAUUGUAGCAGCACCAACAGUUAUAAAAGAAUCGGAAAAUAAGAAGAAAUUUACAGAAAAGGAAACAAUAGAUGACAGUAAGAAAAUAAUUAAAACGACAACAGUAAAAGAUAUGUUGCGUGCCAAACGCGAUAAUCUUCGAAAAUUGGAGCAAGGAAAAUCGAGUGGUGGAACAACAACCACAACAGACAAUGACGAUGACGAUGGAAGUGAGUCUGUCAGUAGUCUUGCCGUAUCAGAAUCUUCCCAUGAAAGUAAUCACGAAGAGGUGCAGCCAAUGAAUGGAAGUAGUUCAGUUGUAACAAAAGAAUUGUCAUUUCCAACAAAUUUCUCGCCUGAACUCGUUCAACUCAUCACGAAUCUUAAGCAAUAUGCUGAAAGCACUGCCAAGAACAAUUCAAAUUUCUUUGAUAAUCAUGUGAAAGAACAGUUAAUUAAUAUUGAUAGUGUAGCAAAGUCACACAGUACACAAGUUCGUGUACAAGUUUAUCAUCAACUAGAAACGUUUAUACCAUGUACGAGAAAAACAAUAUUGGCGAAAGUAAGUCGAUAUCGUACACAGCAAGCAGACUCGAAGGUCAAAACGGAAAUUAAAAAAUUAAAGACAUUCAUUAAUACAACAAUGCCGGAUUUAGUGAGAAAGUAUGAUGAAGAUUAUAAGACGUAUGAGAAUUUAAAGAAUAUACAACAAGUCGUUGGAGAUAGUUCAUUAGAGCAUAAAGCACCACGUAAGAAAUAUCAUUGGCAUGAUAAUUCGCGACAAAUACUCAACGAGAUUGUUCAAUUAAUUCAAGAUUUAUAUAAAGUAUCAAAAGUAAAAAAAGAAACAAUUGAUGAGUACACGACAAAAUAUUUAAAGGAUCAUUUAGUACCAUUAUGGCCAGAGGGUUGGAUAAAAUUAGAGGAUUUUACAAAGGAGCUUGAGAAGAAAAAGAAAAAGGAUGCAAAGGUAGCCUUGUCUUCAUCACAGAUACUUAAUCAAUCAAUUACUUCAACAAAUGGCAAACAGCCAACAUCAGCUCAACCACUACAGCAUCACCUAAAGACUGAAAUGAAAAUUAAAAUAGAAACUGUUGAGUCUAUCUCAUCGCCAACAAUGAAUGGAAAAUCAACAGGUUCAGGAGUUCAAUUAUCACCUUCACAAAAUUCAAUGUCUGUAAUAAAGAAAGCGAGUGAUCAUAGCAUAAAUAGUAUAAUGUCAUCAUCACCAUCACCGCCUAUUCAUUCCAGUAAGACGUCAGCUCCCGUUCAAGUAGAAACAAAAACUCGAGUCAUUGACCUUGAAAAGCUGUCAAGUCCAAAUGAUCUUCUUAAAGUAUCACAAAAGGACUUGAAUAGAAUUUUACCGAAAUAUUCACAACAAUUGAGCCAAGCAAUUGAAAUUAGUACAGAUAAAAUACGCAUUUCUGAUGGAAGUGAUAGCGAUUGUGCGAUAAUUGAUAGUCCAAUUAAAACAACCAUUAAACCUCAACAACAACAGCAGUACCCUCACCAUAUAAAUAACAAUAAGCUUAAUCAUUCGUCAAUACAACAGCAGCAGCAACAACAUCAACAGGGCGAGAUGAAAAAGACCAAAAAACACGAUGACAAUUACAGUAAUUUAAUUAAAAACAUUGCUUCACUAACGGAUCCGAAAAAGAAUAAUCCAUCAUUUUUAAGUAAUCCACUAUCAACAUCACUAAAUGACCAGAGAAAAAUGGAUACGACACACGGCUUUGAAGGAUCGGAGUCGGAGACUGAUUAUUUGUUUUCUGAAUUUUUAAAUAAUUACACAAAACAUCAAGAGGAGAACACUUGAGACUCUUAUUAUUUUCGUAAUUGACCUCCUCUGUCCCCAAUUCUGUAAUUUUGCUUAUGCGUUUAAAAUUCUUAUCGAGUCGUGCUUUUUAAUUUCCCGAAGAUUAGUGUAACGUAAGAACCUAUUGCCUAAAAAAGUAGAUAGAAGUAAAUUGAAAUCUUAAGCUGAUUUUGAUUCAUAGCAACAGAAUAAGGAAUAAUUCUCUAGACACCAAAUACCAACGAUAUUAAGUUACACAGACACAAGAGAAUAAACGGAAGUAAAAAUUCAUUUGUUUUUCUGUCAUCAAUUUUAUUUUUUUGAUUUAUGCGUGAGUUUGUCUCAUAAAGUUCUGACAUUCGCUGCCAAAUAUGCUUACAACAGUGUUUAUAUUUAUUAUUUAUGAUUUUCUUACUGUCUUAACUUUCAAGUGGAAGCAUGAAAGUUAUUUUAUUUCUAUAAUUUUACAUUUACUAUUUAUUUUGACCUUAAAAUGAUGGAAUAUUUCAAUGUUAUCGCAUUUUUAAUCGAACUUACUUUUUACAUGGAAGAAUUCAAUCUUCCACUAUGCAGCAGCAAACUAGCCGAUCAUUUUUAAGUACGACACUAGUUAUAUGAAACAAUUCUUUUUGUAAUUUUCAUCAACUUAUUGAGGAAUUUAAAGUUUAAAUUAAACAAGAUGAAGGAAUUAUCGCAUUUUUGUAUAAAUUGUAAUAUAGUUGAAUAGUUAUUUAUGAGAAAUGAAAAAUAAAUGAAAUGAGAAAAAAGUAAAUUAA